CUCUGGCAACGCUAAGUAGGUAUCACUGCAAUGCCAAUCUAUUUUCCUUUCCGUCUCACUCUGCGAUAUAUGCUUGGUUAUGCGCCUUCACUCCUGAGUAAAAGAUAACCCUUUCUACAUUUCCCAUUGUUCUCUACGUUGGAGUUGAUGUGAUUGCGCCGAGCUUACGAGAUCCUUACUUCGAGCACAAAUGCGUACUUCAGUGGUAGGGCUGUUUGCCUUGCCUGCUACUUUGUUCACUGUAAUUUUUAUUACUCCAGUCAAUGGUCAAGAUUGGCCCUAUAACCUACCAGCAGGCGCAAAAUAUUUUCCCGAACAUGAGCACCACAUCAGACGGGAUCUGGAAAUCCAACAAAGACUCAAUGUAGCUUCACCAUCCGGCAUCCGCAAAAUGAGCGAAGACGAAGGCGAAAAGUUCUUCCUGGACUACUGGCAGUUCGGCGAGCAAGAUUUCAAUUCCUUUGAGAUAGGCAGUCCCCUGAACCUCCGGCGUUCGGUCAAUCCUGCAGCACUGUUGGCAAAUAUGACCAACGUUGAAGAACUGCUUCCACCGCUGCUUCUGCAUGCUGAGUCUCAACAAUUUCCAAGCCUCUACAGAUUUCUUGGUCGUGGUUUGUCCGAACGGGCAUAUCAGUGUCCGACCGGAACUGACAGCUGUGCAUCGAUUGGGUAUCCCAACAGCUGCUGUGCUACAGGCGAAACCUGCAUCUCCCUUCCAGAAAACGAUGGGGCAACUAUAGGCUGCUGCCCUGAUGGAGCAAGCUGUGGGGGAGAGAUUGGAUUGUGUGAUACUGCUGCCGGAUACACGAGCUGUGACAAUGAAAAUGGCGGUUGCUGCGUUCCUGGGUACUCAUGCCAGGGUAUUGGAUGCGUAUAUGCAUCGACCGCUACAACCACUACUACACUACCAACAAUUACCGUGACUACUGGAGCUUCCUGGUCAACGUUGUCUGACAGCACCACUACUCAAACACUCGUCGUUCCAGGGAACCCUACGUCACAGACAGCUUCAAUCUGUACGACUAUAACGACAUUGGUGGUAAUAACGUCCGGAACUGCUGCUACAAAUACAGUCAUCCAGACGACAACAGUAAUCCCUGGCUCGAGUGCGUCAAUAACGUCGUCAAGCCUGUCAACACCAAUCAGCCCUUCAUCUUCCGGCCAGGGCCCAUUGACAUGCAGUCCUGGUUUCCGAACUUGUCCUGCGAGCCUCGGAGGUGGCUGCUGCCAUACUGAUAGGGCUUGUGGCUCUCAAACUUGUCCGCCGCUGUCAACAGCUGCUCCGCCCGUUCUGCCAACAAGCGGAUCUGGAUCAGUCUCGACCUCGACGUCAAUAUCAAGUUCCUCAUCACGCACGCGCACAUCAACACGCGCAACCACAUCGCCCUCCAGCACAGUCACCUACUCUGGGUGCCCUACUGGCUUCUAUAUGUGCAGUGCAUAUUAUCUUGGCGGAUGCUGUCGAGUUGGGAGGAACUGUGAUACAACCAGCUGCCCUACCUCUGCAAGUACUGCUGUGGUCACCAACUCAGACUUGACUGUGAUAGCUCCUAGCGGUGCCACUUCUGCAGCUCUCACUGGAAGUUGUGCUAAUGGAUGGUUUAGCUGCGCGGCCAGUGUAGGCGGAGGCUGCUGUCCUUCUGGCUAUGGCUGUGGAACCAGCUGUACGGCCAUGGCUAGCGGACAAAGUAAUGUUGGCAAAGGAGCGCCCAGCGAGGCAGCCAAAGCGAGAAUAUGUGGAUGGGUGCUUCUGAGCCUAGGAAUCAUUUCGGGAGCAGGGAUGAUCUUUUUGUGAUCUGCCAAUAUAAUGUCCAGAUUGGAAAAGCUCGCUCGUUCUUUUUUGCACCAAGACAUGCAUGCUUUUAGGAUCAUGGGCGCGGGUGUGAAAGGGGGAAUGGUAAUGGACUCGACAUGCUGCAACGUAAUAUAUACGACUCAGGAAUUAGCAUGAACAGACAGCCAAAGAUGCCGG